CAGACCGAGACUGACAGCAUAAAGGGGGAGAGAGAUUAUUAUGACUGCAGCAGAAUGGGAACUCAACAGCCUCGCUCGAUGCUCGUCACCCACUUUUAGUAUGUCGUUGCGUUAACUCAGGGCGAUACGAAAUCUGCCAGCACCGAUUCAGAGGCCUGCAGUGACUGAGCGGAGUUCAGAGUCCGGUUUGCCGUGAGUGUGAGCACUGAGUAGGUCUUACUUCCAGUUUCCAGCGCGAUGCGUCAGGGUUGUUGAUAUCGCGUAGCAGUGAGGAAGCGUCCAUCCGUGAGGUCGUCGAUUUUCGGCGAAUUUCUGAUUGACAAAGUGUGAUUUCGCUUAUCUGGGAUCUGUCCGGCGUUUUGAGUGACAUUCGUAGAUUGGAAUUUGCAGUGUGGGGGUGGUUUUAAGAAGGUGGAUUCAGGCGUGAGCUUAAUACAAGGUGGUGAUCGCUUUGGUUGGACCAUAAAGGCGACCACUGCAACGAAAUCGAAGAAGAGAACGACGAAGACGGCCAAGAAGAGGACGGAUCUUGGCCGAAGGAAUACGUGCUUGCUGGUUGCCUCAUGCUGCUAACAUCUAGCAGCCCCUUCUGCAGUAAAGGAGGAACGACACUUGAGGGGUGAUUCUGGGGGAGUGUGUGCGUGUGCGUGUGCUAUAAGGCGAACCAUCUUGCUCACCCAAGUGUGUGAAGAGUGUGUAAAUAUACAAGAAUCUGGCAUACUAUAAGCUGUAGCAAUAUGCUCAACAAACAACUUCUUUCGUGGGUCUUCCUCAGCGGAUUCGUGAUCGUGUGUUGCUCAGCUGGCACUGGCAGCUCCGGGGGUCGCACCGGCGUGGGUCUCUACAACUAUGGCGGCCUGGCUGCAGCGAACAGUGGUCCUCCAGCAGCUUCCUUCUCCCGUAGUAUGUCCCCACAACGGUUCUACAUGCCAGCAGGACUGGGCAACCCCGAAGACCCGAAUCGAUACCGGUCGACGACUCCCAGCCAGCAAUCUACGGCCGCCCCCAAAACGAACCGUAUCUCCGCCUGGGGCAUUAUCUCGAUCGUGAUGUUUGUGAUCAUGAUCGGCGCCGGAGCCUACUGGGGCUUCAUCUGCUAUCCUUUGGUGUGCAAGAAGGAACGAAACUACAACAUGAUGAUGAACAUGUCCUCGGCAACGACUGCCACCCCCACUAGAUCUACCGAGUUCGAGAAGCUCGAAAACUACUGCUCCAAAUCCACAACCUCCAGUCGGAGCAACGACACCGGUAUCAGCAAUAUUUAGAGAUGAUCGUGUGAACCCAGGUCAGGGAUCGCGCCGCUACUACUAUCUGAUAAGCUCAAAACCCCUAUUGUUCCAACUACUUUUUUCAAUCCUCUCUUUUCGAGGAGCUGACUUACGGAACUAUCUAGCUUUAAGAACGCUUUACGCAAAAUCAAUCCCUUUUGGCUUGCCAUACGAGUAGAACAUUUACAAAAAAAAAUAUCACAAAUUUACACAGUGAAACAGCUUAAGUGAAGAACAAACGAUUGUGAGAAUUAGUGUUAAGAAUGCGCUCGAAUUUCGAUUUAAGAUAACUGCGAAUAGACUGAUGUUCAUGAUUUAAUUGUACGCGAUAGUAUUACAAGGUUGAUCAAACCCACCCGAAAAAAGACCAGAAUAAAUUUUUACAAUUUUCAAAGAAAAAAAAAA